AUGUCUGCUUCUCAACAUGCAAAUGCUGCCCUCAAUGCCACCAUGGAAGACAUCCGGCACUUGAUGGUAAGGUCAAUGAAGUUGCAGGUCGGUCAUCUGAAUGCUAUGGUGUUCGCUCAUGAGAUCACCAAAAUAAUUGCAAAAUCAUUACAGGAGCAUGGGGAGGCCUCCACUCCAUUCUCCCUGAUGCUGUUGUCUUGUGCCACUGAGAUCCGUGACCACAGUGACCCUGUGACACGGAAAAUCGUGACACUGCCCGACUGGUCUUCUGUCCGCAUGGACGACCCACAGAUUGCUUCUUACCCGCGAUUCAUCAAGAUCAUUGGCUAUCAACAGCCGGAUCAAGGCUCUCCAGCACCCACUAUUGUGGCUCUUCCCGCACCUCCUACCAUUGCCACCCCUCCACCUGCUGUGAUGGUGCCAUCUCCCAUCCAAGCACCGGCGCCCAUCAAAGCAUCAGUUCUGGCAGAGCCUUGGGAGGACACAGUAAAAUCCUUGAAGAGAAAAGUUGUAAGGUCGAAGAAGUUUGUCAGCGAUGAUGAAAGUGCUGAUGGUGCAGUCAUCAUCGUCAAGCCACCAGGAACAAGUGCACUGGCUGCAAAGAAUGCACCAGCUGAUCAUCUUGAACCUUUGCCUGCUGCCAGCACUGGCAGCACAAUGAGCAUCUUGACUGAUGUUGAUGAGCUCCAGGUAGAUCAACCGAGUCGUGCAGACUCACCAGUCAUAAGGCCCAAUGAUUGGUCUGAUGAUGAUGCCAUAGCCACUACCGAAUGGCCGUCACAACAGCUGCAUCCAUCGACAUGUGUUCAAUGCAUCAAGGAAGAUCGGCCUUAUCUUGUGAGGCUCAGUAGGAAGAUUGGUGAGGUUUGUAAGACCUGUCCUGCCUGCAAGGACAAAAAGGUCAAAUAUGUAAGGCUUAUUCCCGAGGCUGAAGAUGCUUUGCAGGACAUAGUAGCAAAAAAGAAGGCUGCAACCGCAUCUAAAGCAGCAGUUAAGGAGAAGAAGUCCCGAGGCCGGAAACCAGCAAAAUCGACCUCCCAUACACCCGCAAAAAGAUCAAUUAAGGGUACUUCUCCUACCGAGAAUGAUUUGGAGGGUGAUGUUGAGAGCCCAGGAGUACAGCAUCCCCUUGUCGAUGUCGCUGCCAGGGACAAUGAUAUGCAAUUUCCUCUGGAUGAUUUAGGGGUUGAAGCAGACACCCCCUUAAUCGAUCAUCACACUCCUUUGGACCUGGAGGUCCCAGUCCCAUCCGUUCAAUGUGCCCCUACAGAUCCUCCUGCUGAGGAACAAAGUCAUCCAUUUGGUGGGGAUAUUGAAGAUACCACUCACCCACUAACCUUGGUUGAUGCCCCUCCGGCCACUGCAGACCCUGCUCCUGCUCUUGGCAGGAGAAUGGACAACCUUCAGGUGUCCAACAACCAGGCACAGGGUUGGCAUGCGCAAAUGGGUGAGCGGGUAUCAGCAUUGGAGCAGGACUGGGAGAAAAAGUUCACUCUCCUUGAGGCCAAGGUCAGUAACCUGGAGACCAAAACUCUCAACAACUCAAUGAUAUCUGGUAACUUGGCCAGCCUCAUUAACUCCAUCCACCCGCCCAAUAACCCCAACCCCUCCUUUGCGCCUCCUCCCAUCUCCGGCAACAGUACCUCUCCCUAUGGCACCCUCCCCCCAGCUUGGUUCCCUGGGAAUCCUCCAGCACCUGCUUCCGCCGAUGAGCCAUUGGUGUCACAUGUCGGUAGAAGGUACACUCACACUUGGGAUGAGUCACAUGUGUCGCCCGAGACAUCAGACCCAGCUAAUCCAUCAAAUUUGCCUGGUGCUGCUUCGGCAUUACCAUCAGGCACAAGUUCAUCAGUAGUUCCCUCAAUGACCAGUGUCUAUGUACAUAGUAGGAUAAUGUAUGAUAUCUCGGCUGCAAUGGACAGUAUCAAUGCUAUGACACAACCUCGGUAUAUCAUCAUCCGGGAGCAUAUGACCUGA